UCAAACUAGAAGCACGAGUUCAACAGCAUCUGUGAUGUUAACUACAUCAUUGUUCUGAAUAAAAUCUUUUGACUGUCUGCUGUUUCAGGUUUCUCAUUCACGCCACGUCCGGCAUCAUUUACACGCAGCCCUGGGCCUCUUUAGACGCUGAAGUGAAGUCAAAAUAUAAUUUCUAUGUAAAAGCUGAAGACACUGAGGGCAAAUACAGCCUCGCAGAGGUUUUUGUCACGGUGCUGGAUCAAAAUGACCACCCACCUGAGUUCAACCAGAACUACCUGGAGAAGACCAUGAUCAUUGGGGCGCCAGUGAAAAUAGAGGCAGUGGAUGAGGACGCAGAGGAACCUAAUAACCUGAUUGAAUAUUCCAUCAUGAAAGCCGAUCCAGACAACAUCUUCGACAUUAACACGUCCACGGGAGAGAUUAAGCUCAAACCGUACAUCAAGUCUAUGGAGAUUGUGCAGAACAUCACCAAACAGAAAGACUGCCGGUGGUCUGUGGUGGUUCAAGCUCGUGAUCGAGGCUCUCCAUCCUUCAGCACAACGGCGGUCGUGAAGAUCGACAUCACGGAGGCGGUGAGACGUUUAUACGUCAGGGUCACUGUGUGCGCUGCGGGAUCAAAGCAGCUGUAA